AUGUCGAAAGCACUGAUCGGUAAGCCUGCGCCUGAUUUUAACACCAAGGCUGUCUACGGCGGUGAUUUUGUGGAUGUGAAACUCUCGGACUAUAGGGGAAAGUACCUCGUGCUUUUCUUCUACCCAAUGGAUUUUACAUUCGUGUGUCCGACGGAAAUCAUCGCGUUUUCGGAUCGCUUUGAGGAGUUUAAGAACAUCGGCGUAUCGGUCCUUGCCUGCUCUACCGACUCAGUUUUUUCUCAUCUUGCUUGGAUCAACACUCCCCGGAAGCACGGUGGUUUGGGCGAGAUGAAAAUUCCAGUCCUUGCCGACACCAACCAUCAGAUUGCCAAGGACUAUGGUGUGCUGAAGGACGAUGAGGGAAUUGCCUACAGAGGUCUUUUCAUCAUUGAUCCGAAGGGAAUCCUUCGUCAGAUCACUGUCAACGACUUGCCUGUUGGUCGUUCUGUCGAUGAGACUCUUCGUCUUGUUCAAGCCUUCCAGUUUGUUGAUAAGCAUGGUGAAGUUUGCCCCGCAGGUUGGACUCCUGGGAAAGAAACAAUCAAGCCAGGUGUUGAAAACAGUAAGGAGUACUUUAACAAAGUAAAUUAA